CACCUCGCCCGUUUUCCCACUCCCCUCCUCCCCCUUCCUCGCUCUCGCGCUCCUUCUCCCCCCAACUCCCCCCACCCGCCUCCCUGUCAGUGCGGUGGCUGCGCUGGGAAACAUGGCGUCGGAGGGGAUGAUUUUAACGAACCACGACCACCAAAUCCGCGUCGGGGUUCUCACAGUGAGUGACAGUUGCUUCAGGAACCUUGCAGAAGAUCGCAGUGGGAUAAACCUCAAAGACCUCAUCCAGGAUCCUUCCUUAUUAGGUGGGACUGUAUCUGCAUACAAGAUAGUGCCAGAUGAAAUAGAAGAAAUCAAGGAGACACUGAUAGACUGGUGUGAUGAAAAGGAACUCAACUUGAUUUUAACAACCGGAGGAACAGGAUUUGCACCAAGGGAUGUCACACCAGAGAAAUUCCCAACAUUCCCAUUUUGUGGGCUCCAGAGAGGGGCUACUAAAGAAGUAAUAGAACGUGAGGCCCCAGGGAUGGCCUUGGCAAUGCUGAUGGGAUCACUUAAUGUUACACCUCUGGGCAUGCUCUCUAGACCCGUGUGCGGAAUCAGAGGGAAAACUCUCAUAAUUAACCUUCCAGGUAGCAAGAAAGGGUCACAGGAAUGCUUUCAAUUUAUACUGCCAGCCCUACCUCAUGCCAUUGACCUUUUACGGGAUGCCAUUGUAAAAGUAAAAGAGGUUCAUGAUGAACUUGAAGAUCUACCUUCACCACCACCACCUCUUUCUCCUCCUCCAACCAUCAGCCCUCACAAGCAGACAGAAGACAAAGGUGUACAGUGUGAGGAAGAGGAGGAAGAGAAAAAAGAUAGUGGAGUUGCUUCAACAGAGGAUAGUUCCUCCUCGCAUAUAACUGCUGCAGCCAUUGCAGCAAAGAAGCAUCCACCCUAUACCAGUUCUGCUGUUAUCAUGGCAAAAGGGGAACAUCCCAUUCCUGGUCUCAUCUGUUAUUCCUAUCAGGCACCAGACAGUGCAGGAGAACCGAUUCCAGAUUCCAUCAUAUCUCGUGGUGUUCAGGUGCUUCCACGAGACACAGCCUCACUUAGCACUACCCCUUCAGAAUCCCCUCGUGCCCAAGCUACUUCUCGCCUCUCUACUGCUUCCUGCCCCACACCAAAACAAAUUAGACGCCCGGAUGAAAGCAAAGGAGUUGCUAGUAGAGUUGGAUCCCUCAAAGUCCAGUCCAGGUGCAGCAGUAAGGAGAACAUCCUCCGAGCCAGUCACAGUGCUGUAGACAUUACAAAAGUAGCAAGAAGACAUCGUAUGUCUCCAUUUCCAUUAACAUCUAUGGACAAAGCCUUCAUUACAGUUCUGGAGAUGACUCCAGUGCUUGGAACAGAAAUAAUCAAUUAUCGAGAUGGAAUGGGCAGAGUCCUUGCCCAAGAUGUUUAUGCAAAAGACAACCUUCCACCUUUUCCAGCUUCAGUAAAAGAUGGCUAUGCUGUCAGAGCUGCUGAUGGACCAGGGGAUCGUUUCAUCAUUGGAGAAUCCCAAGCUGGUGAGCAACCAACUCAGACUGUAAUGCCCGGCCAAGUAAUGCGAGUUACAACUGGUGCUCCAAUACCCUGUGGUGCUGAUGCUGUGGUGCAAGUGGAAGAUACAGAACUUAUCAGGGAAUCUGAUGAUGGCACUGAAGAACUUGAGGUACGCAUUCUGGUGCAGGCUCGACCAGGUCAAGAUAUCAGGCCUAUAGGACACGACAUUAAAAGAGGUGAAUGUGUACUGGCCAAGGGAACCCACAUGGGUCCAUCAGAGAUAGGUCUACUCGCAACUGUUGGAGUAACUGAAGUUGAAGUUAACAAGUUUCCAGUAGUUGCUGUAAUGUCCACAGGGAAUGAACUAUUGAAUCCUGAAGAUGACUUGUUACCAGGAAAGAUUAGAGACAGUAAUCGUUCAACUCUUUUAGCAACAAUUCAGGAGCAUGGAUAUCCAACAAUCAACUUGGGGAUUGUAGGAGAUAACCCAGAUGAUUUACUUAAUGCCUUGAAUGAAGGAAUCAGCCGUGCUGAUGUCAUCAUCACAUCAGGGGGCGUGUCAAUGGGAGAAAAGGACUAUCUUAAACAGGUGCUGGAUAUUGAUCUUCAUGCCCAGAUUCAUUUUGGCAGGGUUUUUAUGAAACCAGGGUUGCCUACAACCUUUGCAACUUUGGAUAUCGAUGGGGUAAGAAAAAUCAUCUUUGCUCUCCCAGGGAAUCCUGUGUCAGCAGUUGUUACCUGCAAUCUUUUUGUUGUCCCAGCAUUGAGGAAGAUGCAAGGAAUACUGGACCCUCGUCCAACUAUUAUAAAAGCCAGGUUAUCAUGUGAUGUAAAAUUGGACCCCCGUCCAGAAUACCAUCGGUGCAUACUGACUUGGCAUCACCAAGAACCACUGCCUUGGGCACAAAGUACAGGGAAUCAGAUGAGCAGUCGUCUGAUGAGUAUGCGCAGUGCCAAUGGACUGUUGAUGCUACCUCCAAAGACAGAGCAGUAUGUGGAACUUCAUAAGGGAGAGGUGGUUGAUGUCAUGGUCAUUGGAAGACUAUGAUGUUACCAGCAGGAGAAAAGUUUUGAUGCAUGUCCACAUAUCAUUGACUGUAUCCUGUAAUAUGCAACGGCACAGCUAGUUUUUCUGAUUUGGAUAAAAGUUGAUCAGUAUAAACACCUUGAACUAUAUUUCAAAUGGAUUUAAAUAAAUACCUUUUAAAAAACUUUAAAAACAAAUCUUAAAAAAAAUUAUUCUGAUUAUAUCAAAGCAACUUUUUCAUUUCUUGCAAUUGCUUUGUGUGUUCAAUGCUAGUUCUGAUAGCAGUAGCUUUUAGUAGACAGCGGUAGGUGCCUGCAGAACUUGUGUUUUUUCUCAUCUUUAAGAUUCAACUACUUAUGCUCUUAAAACAAGGCUGUCUGCUUAUUUAUACUAGUGUAGACAACACUUGGAUUUUCUCUUAUUAGUAUGCUUCAUAACUGCUUCACAGAGAGCUUCUGCUUGUUCUUUAUCGUAUCUCGUGUUGAUGUGCACAGUGCCAAAAGCAGAGUGGCUGCACUGGGAACCCGAUCAAGCCCCAAGGUUUUCCUCCUUGCUGCGCGUUCAGGGAUAUCUGUCAUCCCAGCAGCCACCCAGCUCAGUACUAUUGGGCAGUAACUGGAUACCUUUUGUUUAAACAAACAACAAAAAAUUGCUUCCUUAAGUGCUGACAGCCUUUUUAACCAAUACAUUUAAAAUGUACAGAAUUAAAAUCUUAAAAAAAAAAUCAAAGACUGAUCUUGUACAGAUAUUAGUGUUACCAGCAUUCAUGUGGAAAUUAAAUGAGAAAAGAAAUAGAACUAAUGUUAAACAACUCUGUACCAUAACAUUUUCUGUAAUGAUACUGAAAUUUAAAUGAAUAAAAAAAAAUCCUGAAUCAUUAUUUAAAAGGU